AUGUCGGGCGUUGCGGCCUUCGAACUUGACGUCUCAACGGCGCUGUGCAUUGGAUUCGCGCUCUCCUUUCUACCACUCGCCUCGGUUCUGAGCAAAUAUCUCGUGCCCGCCUCCGACACGCGCAAUCGCAUUCUCUUCUUCUGGCACGCCUAUGACGCUCUCACGCACCUCUUCAUCGAAGGAUCCUUCCUCUACGAGUGUUUCUUCAGCUAUACCUCCAUCGCUAGCGGUGUUGUUCGCGAGCCAUUCUUUUUGGGAUACAAGGACCGUCUGUACGGAGCCGCGUACGGCUCAGGGCCCAGCGCGCGCCUGUGGCAGGAAUACGCGAAGGCGGAUCACCGCUGGGCUAGCGCAGAUGUCACAGUUAUCUCCCUCGAGCUGCUGACUGUCUUCCUGGGUGGUCCGGCAGCGCUGUAUGUGUGCUAUCUGAUCUAUAAGGCAUCCAGCCCUCGUGCUACGGCCGCUGUGCGCGGAGCGGCUAAGGCGAAAUUGUGGCUGAUUGCACCGGCGCUCGCAACGGCGGAGCUAUACGGCGGUUUCAUGACUUUCGCACCAGAGUGGCUGACAGGCAGCACGCAGCUCGAGACGGACGACCCGGUGUACUUGUGGUUCUACCUCUUUUUCUUCAACACCCUGUGGGUUUGGGUUCCGAUCUGGGUGCUGUGGGAGGCAGUCAAGGAACUGCGGACGGCGUUCGUCACUGCAGAAAAUUCACCUCAACCCCCGUACGGGUAUCCUCCCCCUCAGGGACACUCUCCCUAUCCUCAGCAACCCGGCUACGGUGCUCCUCCUCCUGGCCCUCCACCGCAGGGGUAUUAUCCAUCUCAUGGGCAUGCUCCCCCGCCGCCAGCUCCAUACGGUGCGCCUCCAUCCCAGGGUUAUCCACCACCUCAGCAGCCGCCGUACGGACAACAUCAACCUUAUCCUCCACCUCAGCAGGCUUACAGCCGCCCGCCCGUGCCGCCUCCCGCGCCAUAUGGCUCACAUCCUCAUCACCAACCCCCGGCUGGCCAAUACCCUCCCUCACCGCAAUAUGGAGCCUUACAAGGACCGCCCUCAGCGCCAUCCCCUGGUUACGUGCCCGGACAGAUGGCACCUGGUGAUUUUCGGAGAGAUGCAGAUGUGCUGCGCAAGGCGAUGAAAGGCUUUGGGACAGACGAGGCAGCCUUGAUUCAAGUGCUAUCUAGAUUAGAUCCGCUCCAAAUGGCCGCCGUCCGGUCUACAUAUUCUAGUCACAUCGGGCGGGAUCUAUACAAAGACGUUAAAUCCGAGACCGGUGGAUACUUCGAGAAGGGCCUGCUGGGCAUUAUCGACGGGCCCCUUAUACAUGAUGCCACCCUCGUUCAUGACGCUGUGGCUGGGCUGGGAACAAAAGAGUGGAUGUUGAACGAUGUUCUCCUUGGACGAUCCAAUGCCGAUCUGAACGCGAUCAAGGCUGCCUAUCAUCAUAGAUACGGACGUUCCCUGCAGAAGGACGUCGAGGACGAUCUGUCCGCGAAGACCAAGGAGCUUUUCACAAGUGUGAUCGUUGCCAACCGGCAUGAAGAAUCAAUGCCCCUCGAUCCCGCUAGAAUCGAGUCCGAGGCUAGAACCAUUCACGGCGCCACUGCAGGACGCAUCGUCAACAACGCUUCGGACAAUGAGCUACGCGCGAUCAACCAUGCCUUCCAGUCCCGAUACAAUUCUUCCCUUGAGAAGCACGUCGAGAAGGAAUUCUCAGGUCAUAUGAAAGAUGCGCUACUACACAUGCUGCGCACGGCAACCGAUCCGGCCAUGCGCGAUGCACUUCUCCUGGAGGACUGCAUGAAGGGAGCUGGUACCAAGGAUGAGAAACUCGUAGUGCGCAUAGAGCAAGUGAAGAGAGCAUACUACCAUCGCUUCAAGGUCCAGCUGGCAGACCGCGUCCGCGCGGAGACGAGCGGGGAUUAUCAGAAGCUGAUGUUGGCUCUGUUGGCUUAA